AUGGUGUUGAAUGGUGUUGAACGGUGUGGAAUGGUGAUGAUAGUGGUGAUGGUGUUAGAUAGUGAUGCUGGGGUUGAUGGUGAUGAUGGUGAUGCUGAUGGUGAAAGACACAAAAACGAGGUCGAGUUUCGUUUGUUGCGUUUUGUCUCUCCCGAGUGUGUGUAUGUAUGAGG